AUGGUUACUUUAUCGCCAGGGGUCACUGUCUCUCCAUCAUCAUCAUCGGCUUCAAAAUAUAGUCCCAUGUCCAUCUCAAUUCACGGCCAGAAAACUAUGGGCGCAAAUUUCAACUGGGGAAAACUUUGGGCCCUCCCCCUGCCAGGUAAGAUCCUCCACUUCUUAUGGCGUCUAGUAACUUAUAGUUUACCCUUAAGAAUGAAACUAAAGCAGAGGGGUUUGGAAGUGGAUACACGAUGCCCAGUUUGCUUUAGACUUGAUGAGGAUGGAGGGCAUUGCUUCCUGAAAUGCAAAUUUGUGAAAAAGAUUUGGGGUUUAUCCCAAAUGGAACCUAUCAGGCUGAAGUUGUUGUUGUGCACAAAUCCUCUAUGUCUAUUGGAAGAAGUGUUUCGGCUGAAUGAGGAGGAAUGUAUGAAAGUGUGUAUCUUACUUUGGUUAGUUUGGCAUCAAAGAAACAAAGCCAAUGCUGGAGAGAAAAUCAAAUGCCCAGAUGACAUAUUAUCUUCUAUUAAUUACCAUACUUAUGAAUACAGGAGCCUGAAGCAGCGGAGGAUGAUCCCAAAGCAGACAAACAUCCAAAAGUGGACUCCUCCACCAGCUGCAGGUGCAGGAAACCUGGAACACGUCUCGGAUGCCUUUCAUGCUGAAGCACUAGCAAUACUAAAUGCGCUCAAUGCAACAGCCAAGAUGGGCUUCAACCAAGUCAUCUUCGAAAUGGAUUCCACAGUGCUGAAGCAAGCAAUUUCAAGUGAGGACUAUGACCUAGCGCCACUCGGAGCCUUGUUCCAAGAGAUAAAAUUUCAACUGAGGAUCGCUUUUGAGAAUGUAAAACUUUAUGUAUGCCCUAUGUCUUGUAACAAUGCAGCACAUGUCUUAGCAGCACAUGAAGCUAGCUUAGGAGAUGGCAUGUAUGAAAUCUGGUUAGGCCAGUUUCCUGAACUUGUAAUGAACUCUGUAGCUGGGGAUUUAACCAGCAGGUCUCUGUAG